GCCGAGAAAGGUGAGAGAGCGCUUAGUCGCUCGGCCGACGAAUCGCGGUUUAGCGCCCCCCAGGCCAUGACACUUUCGCGUCAAUUUUACGAUCCGGGCGAGGGAGCGGCAAAAAGGCGGCAGCUGGCGCGAGCUUGGGCUCCCCGAGGCCGCCGCGUCCCAUUUUUCGGCCCUGCAUACCGCCGUGGGGCUGCCCCGGCGGCCUUGUGCUCGUGCGCGGCAGCCUGCCGCGCCCGGAGUCGGGAGGAGCCCAAGGGCUGCCCCCAGCACGCGCUGGUCUGCGCCGCGCCACGCGCUUGGCUGCCCCUUCGCGCUUGGCUGUUUCCGCUCGGCCGCGAGCUUGCUUUUUGCUUUGCGGUCCGCUGCGUUUACGUCGCGAAGUCUAACCGCCGCGCCGCCGCCGCGCGCCAGCAGCCGAAAGGAUUGUCAGCACGGAGAAGCUGUUAGCACCGGACAGCCCUGCGCCGCCGCCGCGCUUGCU